AGUAUAAACGAGUUUCCAGUAUAGUAGAGCAGGAUAAAAUAUCACGGGAUCGAAUUGAAUUAAGAUAUUUGAAAAGCAAAGCUAAGAAGAAAUGAGAAAAUAAAAAGGAUAGCAUAUCAUAUGAUAUCAGAAGUGAGUGUCUCAUAAUGGAAGCAUAACAGCGAAGUGAUCCAAAGAAGAAGAAGGAUGCAGGAGAACUACUCAUACCAAUCGUAUCCAGAUUCCGGCGAGUCCUCACCACGAUCCAGAGAGAUAGACUUCGACAACCCUCCUCCAUGGGACGACCAAAACUACAAAGCCAAGUUCAUGUGCAGCUACGGCGGCAAGAUCCUCCCUCGCUCCCACGACAACCAGCUCUCCUACGUCGCCGGCGAGACCAAAAUUCUCGCCGUCGACCGCUCCAUCAAGUUCUCCGCCAUGCUCGCCAAACUCUCCGCCCUCUGCGACGCCCCAGACAACAACAACCUCACCUUCAAGUACCAGCUUCCCGGCGAAGACCUCGACGCCCUCAUCUCCGUCACCAACGACGACGACCUCGAUCACAUGAUGCACGAAUACGAUCGCCUCUAUCGCGCUUCCGCUAGACCCUCCCGCAUGCGACUAUUCCUCUUUCCCUCCGAUACUCUUCCUUCCCCUCCACCUGCUGCUUCUGCUCCACACGAUUCGGUUAUCAAACCUAAUAACGUCGAUUUUCUCUUCGGUCUCCAGCCUCAGCCACCACCUAUUGAUGUCAAAUUCAAUGAUCCGCUGCCGGAGCCCGUGGCGCCGCCGCCGGAGCAUCCGUUGCGAUUCAAUUUUAACCCUGCGGUCUCGGAUCCGAGCGCGAUUCAGCGCCAGUUGCAGCAACUGCAAAUUGCGGAGAACGAGCAAGCUGCGCAUCGGAGGAAGGGUGAGGAUAAUUACCCCGCCGGUGAUUACUACGUUCAAAAAGUGCCUGAGAAGUUCCCCCCACCGAAUUUUCUGGCAAGCUCGCCGGGUUAUUGGCCUGAAAAACAUGUUUCCGGCGACGUUUAUCCUCCGGCUGUGACGGCUACGUCCGGCGGAGGGGAACCGUCGGUUUAUAUGGUUCCGGCGCCGGGGACGUUCUAUCAUGCACCGGUUAUGCGGCCUCCACCUCCAGCAACUCAGGGAUACUACACCGUGCAACGAAUGGGUUCCGAUAAUUACCGUGAAGCGCCGGUGUACGGCGGUGUUCCGCCGCCAAAAGCGGCGGUUCCGGCGAGUAUGGCGCCAGCCCAGCAGCCGAUUAAGGCUCCCGCGUAUACGGAAGGAUUCGGAAUGGUUCGGCCAGGUGGGAUAGUGGAUAAUACUGGUGUUCCGUACGCGCAGGUGGCGUACGAUAGUGGAAGUGGGAGACAGGUUUAUUAUACUGCGCCCGGUGGUGGUGUAACGCACGCUCCUCCGUACCAUGGGGUUUUUCCGCCCGUAACCGCUGAUAUGAGACUGGGAGGGGUUUCGUUUGGUCAGGAUGUUAAAGUCAUAAGCAAGCUUACCCAAGGUUCAGUCUGAUCAUUAUCGAACAAAAAAAUAAAAAUAAUAGUUCAGUAUGAUUAUGAUUAUGGUUAUCGCUAAAUAUGUUUUUUUUUUUUGCUAUCUUGUUCGUAAUCCUAUUUAUGUAAUAGGAAUACUAUUAGCUUUUAGUUUUUCGCUUGCUAUUGUUGUACACAAUGUUGCCGAUGAUGGUUAUAACUUAUACCAUGUUAUUCCUAUGGUUUUGUGUAGACUUCUUUCUGUGCUGCUAA